AUGGUCGUCGCUCUGAGAUCUCUAGACGUGGCAGUCGUCUGCGCUGUAGUGGGAUGGUGGGGCUACUUGCUUACCUCGAAGCGGUCCCAUGGAUCCCUGCCACCUAGUCCUGCGCUAGCUCCAGUCAUUGGCUCUGUGAAACAGAUGAUGUCGAAACAACUUUGGCUGGUGGUACAGCAGUGGGGCAGGGAAAUCGGCGACGUCGUAUAUCUCUCCGUCUGGGGACAGCCAAUCGUGUUUUUGAAUUCCCGUCAAGCAGCCUUCGAGUUACUUGACAGGCGUGGCGCUAUCUAUUCGGACCGUCCGCGUAUGGUCAUGGGUGGCGAAUUGUGCGGGUGUGCUGACAUGGUCGCUUUCACCAGCUACGGAAACCAAUUCAAGAGACACCGCCGCCUGUUCACACAAGCCUUCGGACCACAACACAUCCCUGCCUAUCGCCCGCUAAUGCUCGACGCCACUCUGGACAUCAUCCACCGGCUCAUCGACACCCCAGAGCAGUUUCAAACUCAUUUCAGACGAUACGCCGGUGGAUUAGCGCUCCAAGUCGUAUACGGAUACAGGCCCUCCACCACGGGGCCCGACGGCUUCCUCGAGCUCGCGGAGGAAUGCAUGGAUCUUCUCGCGAACCGCAUCUCUCCCAGCGGCAGUGUAUGGCUUGUAGACGUGAUCCCUCAGCUGAAAGUACUGCCUUCGUGGCUUCCGGGCGCGAGCUUCAAACGCUUGGCUCGUCAAUGGAAGCCGAGAAUGGAGGCCUUCGUGAACUUACCUUACGUCUGGGUGAAGUCGAUGGUGUCUAGCGGCAAUGCUUCAACCUCUUUCUGCGCGACUCUACUAGAGGACAAGCGCGAGAAGAUGACCGAACUCUUCGAGCACGACCUGAAGUGGGUAGCCAACUCUAUGUAUGCGGCCAGCGCAGAUACGACCAUCGGAACCAUGAGCCACUUCGUGCUCGCCAUGACCCAGCACCUCGAGGUUCUGGAGCGCGCGCAGGAUGAGAUCGACCGCGUCGUCGGGAAUGACCGUCUUCCCACUUUCGAUGACCGCGCUCACUUGCCUUACGUGGAUGCGAUCGUCAGCGAGACUCUGCGAUACGCGGCACCAACACCGCUCGGACUGCCACAUCGGCUCAGCCAGGACGACGUGUACGAGAACAUGUACAUACCCAAGGGCACGCUCGUCUUUGCAAACAUCUGGGCGCUCCUGCAAGAUCCUGAGCUCUUCCCGGAGCCGUCGAGGUAUAACCCCGAUCGCUACUUGAACCUCAACGAGGAGCGCUUCGCCACCAUGGACCCACGCAACUACGUCUUCGGCUUCGGACGCAGGAUCUGCCCCGGCGAGCACAUGGUGGACUCUUCUGUCUGGCUGCUCAUCGUGUGCAUGAUUGCCACUCUCAAGAUAGACAAGGCGAAGGACUCUACGGGCAAUCCCAUCGAGCCUGUCGUCGAGUAUCCGAACUCCGUCUUCAGGACGCCCGCUCCGUUCAAGUGUAGUAUCACUCCACGCUCGGCAAAGGCGCUGGCUUUGUUGGAUGCGAAUGAGCAUUGA